AUGCUGGUGCUGAUCUUCACCUUCGUGGUCCGCAAGCAUUUCGAAGACAAGGACGGCGCUGAACCGCCAGCUCUUCGUCUCCGCGGGGUGUGUCGUCAAUGGCGGGAUACAGUCAAUGCCGCGCAAGGCCUCUGGAAGAUAGUGCCUCUCCAGAACGUGGUCAUCGCACAAGAGUUCCUAUCCCGGUGUCGCAAUGUUCCACUUCGUGUCAACUUACGCGGCCAUUUGGACGCCGUUCACACCGCCGCACGACGAGAGGCGCUCGACCUCGUGUUACAACGGCCACAGCAGAUCGGCACUUUAUCGCUCAUUGAAGUCGAGAGGAAUGAUCCUGUAUACGGGCGUGCGUUCGACCACCUACGAUCAGGUGCUUUCUCCGGCCUUCGCGCUCUAGAGGUACUUCGAAGCAACGGUCGUCUGCGCGAUGAUAUAUUCCCCGGGCCAAUUCCUCAGCACCUCAAUACACUCAGAUUCGAUCUCAACGGCGAGGGCCUUCUUCACCUACACCGCGCCUUGACACUUUGUCCCUUGACGGUCCUCGAGCUUCGACAACUAGAUAUCAACGCAUUUGCCUUCUCAGCCCUGAUGGAUGCUCUUUCUAGGCUGCCUCACCUAGAGGAGCUGAUCAUGGACGUGGUUGGAAGCAGAGAGGGGGUCCUUCCGCCUCGCCAAGCGGAUCGAUCUAUCGUCCUGGCACACCUCAGAAUAGUGGAGUGCUCGGCCGAGCUGCCGUAUCUUCCUCUUCUCUUGCGCGCCAUCAACAUUUCUCCCGCCGCCAAGAUCAUACUAUCGUGUCACAAUCGGUCCCCUUCCACGCGUCCCAUUCACGAAAUGGACUUUCAGGACCUGACGACUUUGCGGCCCAUCCUUCAUGCACACUUCUCCGUCAUGCCACGCGACUUCCGUUUCACCGAGCUCGCCGUGGAGUGCAAGUUUGAUCAUAACUUCACGAUCGUUGGCGAAUUGGCGUUGAAUGGGCCGCAAGCUUCCGAUGGACAUGAUCUACCGAAGCGAUUCAUCUUCCAAUAUCGCCUUCGUUACACCAAAGACGAAGACACCGUGGACCGUAGUCGUGCCAUAUUCCCUCUGCUGCUGGACUCCGUGCCCAUAGUCGGGAGAGUAACGCAGUUCUCCGUCAAGAAUUCUUGCAUGCUCACUUCUCAACGCUUUACCGACAUCUUCGCCGCAGCGCCCACAAUUGACACUAUCGUGGUCGACAAUAUCUACGCAAAACACAUGUUUCGGUCUUUACGAAGCACUUACCGCCUGGCUCUCCUCCCUAACUUGCGGAAGUUGGUUCUGUACAAGAUACGCUUAAAUGAACGCAUCUCCUAUGCGACGGGCGAGAAGAAUGAUCUGGACGUCAAGGCUCUCUCGCUAUUACCCUACGGAUGGCAUACUACCGUUGGCGACCUCCUCCUACUAUGCUUAACCUGCCAUGGGGGACGUGGAUGCGAAAAUUGGAACGUCUUCCUCCGGAAGUGCAGUCUCUUGGACGACACUCUCAAGGUGCUAGGCAAACAUCUCCCUUCUCGCCUCUUCUGGGACGGCGAAGGCAACUGUCCAACCCCAAAGUUACCGUGA